AUUAAUACCAAUCUCCUUCCUGGAUCGGAGUUCAACCGGAGAUUCGUCUCUCAGUAUAAACCCUAGAAUCGAGGAUUCUCUUCCCUGAUUCCGAGAAAUCGAAGGCACAGCUCGAUCGAAUUGCGGCAGCAUUUCUUCACCUUGGUGUGUAGUUCGCGGUUUCUACCUUGCUCUGAAUCGAGCUUCGUGGCUAUGGUGAUCGCGGCGUGCGGAGAAAGCUCUGCAGGAGGCCUCGAGUGAUGCAGCUUUGUCGCCCGCUCGAGUAGAAGAAGAUAGAGAUGAGGCUCGUGCCGAAGGAGUCUAUCGAGGUCCUCGCGCAGACCAUUGGCGUCUCGAAUUUGUCCCCCGAUGUUACCGACGAACUCGCUUCCGAUGUCGAGUACCACCUUCAAGAAAUCAUGCAGGAGGCGAUCAAAUGCAUGCGCCACUCGAAGCGAACGGCACUGACUGUUGAUGAUGUGGACAGCGCCCUUAAAUUGAGAAAUGUGGAGCCAAUAUAUGGAUUCGCCUCCAGUGAUGCACCGCGAUUCAAAAGAGCUGCUGGACAUAAUGGCCUGUUUUACAUAGAUGAGAAGGACGUGGAAUUCAAAGAGGUCAUUGAUGCACCUUUGCCGAGAGCUCCACUUGAUACAUCAGUGUCUGCUCAUUGGUUAGCGAUUGAAGGGGUUCAGCCUGCAAUUCCAGAAAAUCCUCCUUUUGAAGCACUUACAAUGGCAUCGGAUGGCAAAAGGUAUGAAAACAGGGAAGAUGGAAUUUCUAUUGACAUCAAAUUACCCAUUAAGAGUGUUCCAUCUAGGGAGCUUCAGCUAUACUUCGACAAAAUUAGAGAACUUACUGUUAGCAAGUCGGACUCUGUCCUCUUUAACCAAGCACUUGUAAGCUUGGCCACUGACUCGGGUCUUCAUCCUUUGAUUCCUUAUUUUACGCAGUUUAUUGCUGAUGAGGUUACAAGAAAUUUGAGCAAGAUCUCUUUGCUUUUUGCCCUAGUGCGCGUUGCGGGAAGCCUUCUUCAAAAUCCACACGUUCAUAUUGAACCCUAUCUGCACCAAUUGAUGCCAUCUAUUAUUACUUGUCUUGUUACCAAAAGAUUGGGUAAUCGGUUGACUGACAAUCACUGGGAGCUCAGAAACAUGUCAGCAAGUCUGGUUGCAUCAAUAUGUAAAAGAUAUGGGCAUGUUUACCAUAAUCUGCAGCCGCGUGUCAUACGGACCCUCGUUCAUGCUUUCCUGGAUCCAAAGAAGUCAUUGCCUCAGCAUUAUGGUGCAAUCAAAGGAUUAGCAGCGCUUGGACCUAGUGUGGUAUGUUCAGCAGUGGUUCGGCUGUUGAUAAUACCAAAUCUUGAGCCUUAUCUGCAACUUCUUUCGUCAGAAUUGUUGCUUGAGAAUCAAAGAAAUGAGAUAAAGAGGCUUGAAGCCUGGCGUGUUUAUGGAGCUCUGCUGAGUGCUGCUGGCCUUUGUAUGUACAAUCGACUAAAGAUGCUCCCCAAAUUGCUCGCACCCCCAACUCGUGCUGUUUGGAAGACCAACAGGAAGGUCAAGAUGGUGAUGCCAAAUAAACGGAGAGCGAGCUCAGACAACUUAAUGCAGCAACCCCCACUGAAAAGGAUAGCCACAGAGGGAAUGAUUGGUGGCAUGCCUCCCAAUCCCAUGCAAGGAGUAGCGAGCGGAUUCUCAGGGGCGGUGGGAGGUCCCGGUGUUGCUGUAUUGCGUCAAUUGCCCAGUGAAGGCACCUCGGGAAGGGAUGCCGGUGGUGGUCCAGCUUUAAAGACAUCGAACGCCUUAGCCCAGGCUUGGAAAGAGGAUGUGAAUGCUGGACACUUGCUCGCGUCGUUGUUUGAAUAUUUCGGCGAAAGCAUGUUCUGCUUCACUCCGAAGCCCGAGUUGUCCUUCUUUUUGUGAUUAGUGAAGCUUGUGUAUCUUGUUUGUCUCGUCCAGGCCCAUGUUUUGUGCAAAAUUAAUGUUUGCCUGUAUAAUUGAACUGUCUUUAUUGUUCUUGUAGAAGUAGUCUAUGGAAAGCGUAAAUGUUAA